GUGAAUACGCCAUAUUGAAUUCCCGUAGGAAUCGGCUAGCAUUUUUUCCAGCUAGCGGCGUAACGGGGCCACUUUAUCAAUGGUUCUUAUUCGGUUUAAUGUUUAAAUACUUUUCUUUUCGUAACCCCCGACAUCGUAGUGACCUUUGAAAGGUCCAGGAAGCGGCGCAGAUUCACAACGGGAUCGCUAAGUGUUAGUUAGAUACUUGUAACGUUAGGGGGGGUUACCGGAGAAAGAAGUUGAAUGGAUCCGAGGGUAGCUUGGAUUCAGCCCGAACAGAAAGGACCUGCGAACGCCUUAUGGAUGCACGUCUGGGAGACCUCUCAGGGAGUACGGACAUUCUCCGCUCAGCUCCACAAUCAAAACCACAACCAGUGCGUGAAUUACGCCGCGUUGGAUGUAUUUAAAAAUGUGGCGACCGCGGUGGCAUCGAGCAAGAGCGUUUGCAGCAGCAACGGGAACGUUAACGUUGCUGCCAGUUUGAGCAACGGCAGCAGCCAUCAUAGCAUCAUGAACGGCACUGCGAUUUCCUCACUGGCGAUAGCGCUGUCCAACGGGAACGUACAUAACUCCUUCACCACGGCAAACACCGCUGAACCAGGUGAGGGGAAAACCCUACCCAAGAAGACGGGCUCUGUCUCCUCCUCAUCGUCGUCCUCACAGGAAUCCGGGACGGACAGCCCCCCGUCCAUCUGCUCACAUGAGAGGACUAUGGGUGGAAAUGUAACGGGGAACAUAAAUAAAAAUGUCGGGGGUGCCAAUCUGCUCUUCAGCGCGAUCGACAGCAUGGACAAUAAUGUCAACCUUUACCACCACCACCAUCACCGUCACCUACACGAGCACCCGCCUUUCACUUUAACGUUACAGCAGGUUUGCGUGAAAGGCCAUCAGGUUCACCCCACUGGACCUGUAAAUCACACACACAGUCACCACCCGGGCCGAAGGAAAAGUGACAACAAAGCGAGCACUUAUGGGAUGAAUUACCUGCUUUCAAACUGCAGUAAUGGGAAUUACGCGAGCACUUGGACACCCUGGAAGACGAGGAAGUACAACCCCGGGGUCCUCGGACUCCACGAGGAGGUGAUGGACUUCUACCACUUCAUGUCUCCUCGGCCAGAGGAAGCAGCUAUGAGGAAGGAGGUGGUGAACCGGAUAGAGAUGAUCAUCAAGGAGCUGUGGCCCACUGCAGAUGUCCAAAUAUUUGGCAGCUUCAGCACAGGGCUGUACCUUCCAACAAGUGACAUUGACCUGGUGGUGUUUGGGAAGUGGGAGCGCCCCCCGCUGCAGGAGCUGGAACAAGCUCUUCGCAAGCAUAACGUGGCAGAACCUUUUUCCAUCAAAGUGCUGGACAAGGCUACAGUGCCAAUCAUCAAGCUGACAGACCAGGAGACUGAGGUGAAGGUGGACAUCAGUUUCAAUGUGGAGACUGGAGUCAAGGCGGCAUGCUUCAUUAAAGAUUAUGUUAAGAUGUAUCCGGUUCUGCCUUACCUGAUCUUUGUGCUGAAGCAGUUUCUGCUGCAGAGAGAUCUAAACGAAGUCUUCACCGGGGGGAUCAGCUCUUACAGCCUCAUCCUCAUGGUCAUCAGCUUCCUACAGCUCCAUCCUCGUAUUGAUGCCAGAAACCCCAAUGAGAACUUGGGUGUGUUGCUGAUCGAGUUCUUUGAGUUGUAUGGCCGCCAUUUCAACUACUUGAAAACAGGGAUUCGCAUAAAAAAUGGAGGAGCGUACAUUGCCAAAGAGGAGAUUAUGAAGGCCAUGACAAAUGGAUACAGGCCAUCCAUGCUCUGCAUAGAGGACCCACUGCUUCCAGGUAAUGAUGUGGGGAGGGGUUCCUAUGGUGCCAUGCAUGUCAAGCAGGUGCUUGACUACGCCUACACUGUCCUGAAUCAUGCCGUGUCACCGCUUGCGCAGUCGUAUCCCAACAAAGACUCUGAAAGCACCUUGGGUAGGAUAAUCAGGUUGACCCAGGAAGUGAUCGACUACAGGGAAUGGAUCAUUAAGAAGUGGGGGGGCAGGGAUCUGGCUCGAACAGACAACAGAGUUUCACCUCCCAAGGAGCUGGUGUCUGAGCAGGAGCCCUGUGUGCUCGGUGGCGGGUUAGAGGAGCAGCAAAGGGACUCUGUGUCGCCCCACAGCGCAGACUCCCCCAUGUCUAUCUCCAGCCCCCAGCAGCACUCUUCAGCCUCCUCUGUCUCCUCACUGUCUGGAUCUGACAACGACUCUGAUUCAACACUGCCGUGUCCCGUCCCUCCGCCAGCCCUGCCGCCAUACCCGUCUUUUCCUCCUCUGGGCCUAGCUCUACCACCAGGCCUCAACAUGGGCACCGGCAAGCCCGGCAUGGGAGGACACCAUCUCCUCUUGCCCCCAGGCUCACAGGCUCGUGUCUCACUGCCCGGUGGUCUAGCAAUGCACUCCAUACCUGGCAGACAGGUGUGUAUAGACACCGGGCUCCCCCCCUUCUUCCACAUGCCCCCCCCAGCCCAUGCUCAUGCCCCUGCCCCCUCCAGCCCCCAGCCUCCGCUCAGCCCCCACUCCAGCCACACACACAAGAACGGAGCCAAGUUCAACGUGAAGGGCUUCCACAACCCACCGCUGGUCAACAACCCUGUUCUGGCUAACCGCGGACACACACACGCUCACUCGCACACACAGUAUCACCGCAACACUUGGCGGCGCAGAAAGAGGGACAGCCUCCCGGUUAGCCUCAGCAGAUAGAAACCACUCCCCUUCCCCCACUUUUCAUCCUACCCCUCUCUGGCUGCAAGACCCUGGCUCUUCAUUCGUCUCAAAGGAGGAUGGACGGGCAGACAGAGGACCAGAGACCAGCAGUUUUCACUUUGGGGCUGUCGAGACAAGGAACAGCAGCCCACAGCUCUGCAUCUUCCUCCUACUAUCUCUACCUUUCCAUUUCUGCAUGACCUUUGUUCACAGUUUGGUAGUGUCAGUAUUAUGCUUUUCAAUAUUUUGUUUUCCUCAUCUUUGUUUCAGGUCUCUUUGUUUAGUUUUUGUUGGACUUGGCAGUGAUGCCAUUACCAAGUUAACUUGACCUCGUCUUGACCCUUGCAGCCGAGCUGCCUGUGGUUCAGUGUUCUUCUUUUUUUUUUUCUUUUUUUUUUUUUUAAAUACAGUUUAUACAUGUAAGAACAAAGGGUUUUUCAUUUUGUGCAAUAAUGUUAUUUUUCUUUUUGGAGCUAAAGUGAAUGCUUAUUUAAUUUUGUGUGUGUAUAUGUAAAGGCAUUUUUAUACUGUUUUAUUUUUGUAGAAUUUUAAAUUUUGUUUACGAAGCCUUUCCCCAGGCAGCAUCUCUGGUGUGUGUGUGUGUGUGUGUGUGUGUGUGUGUGUGUCGUCAGGUUGAGAAGGACCCCAGUUCAAAGCCCCCCCCCUCCCUCCCACCCCUUUUCCUCUUCUCUCCCUUUACUUGUCUUGUUCUGUUUGAUGAAGAGAAGCAGGUUCAGAAAGGGAUACGGAGCUCUUAUCUUGAUAUUCUUUCCAUUUUCCUUAAUGUCUUGUGAAAAUAGGCGAGGUUAACAUGAAAUUUCUCAUGGAAGUUUUGUUCCUCGGCCCAGUUAGUCUGAGGCAUCCUGGAGGGAAAUGGAGGGAUGAAAAUUGCACCCUGGGAUAUCGUGAGAAAUGAGGGGAAAGGAUGUACCUCUGUUUUGGCCUAAAAGACGCAGCUCCUGAGCGGAUAGGGCUUUAGCAGUGCCACCUCGAGAUUGUGUGUAUGUGUAUAUUUCAGUAUGUGUGUGUCCCUUAUGGGACUGUGCUGUUGCCAUAUUCUGUCGGUCAGGGGAAGGCUGGCAGUGGCCUGCUACUUUUGUCCUGGCUAUCUUUCGCUCCACUGGAGGCAAUUUUAAAAGAAACGCUUCCAGAAAGUGCAGGAUUUUGGCCUGAAAGAGCCUGUUCUGUUAAACAUAUAUGCUAGUGUCUUUUCAUUUGUGCUCGUCUCUUUUUAUUACAUGUUGUAGGAUGGUUGCGGCCAAGAAGGCAGCCACUUAUCUGACUUGAAUUUGAAGAUCAAGAUUAGUGUAAGGGGGCAGACAGCCACUUAUUCCUGGUCAGAGAAAUCCUCUUACUCUCCAGUUGAGGGCUGUGGUUGUGGAAAUGCGAUCCCAGGGCUGAGGUAAACUCUUGCCCGCAGCUGUAAAUCAGUGCAGACCAACACUACGAUGCUCAGCGAUAAGGUUUUCUCCUUUGUGUUCCUGGGCAUAGGAGAUCGGGGUGGGGUGGGCGUGGUGGUGCUUCCUGAACCAAGGACCCUAGUGAAAGGGAAUUAUAUUUUGAUUCCAUUCAGGAAUCUUGUGUAUAUGUGAUUGCCAGGUACUUCCGCUAAUUGUUUGCAAUGCCUUUCUUUGUGUUUACUUGGACUAUGUGUACGUCGUUUUCUGUGAGCACACCGUGUCACACAAAUACACACACUCACAGGACAGAAGUGUCGAAGGCUGUGACUCGCCCAGAACACUACACACGCUGGUGUUAUUACUAUGCAAGUGGAUUAUUAUAAUUAUUGUGUCAACACUCUUGUCUUUUCAUUUGGGUUUUGUUUCUUCUCCAAAAUGACAAACACUGCUUGUUGGACUGGAGUAAUGUUACUGUCUGUCAGGCUCGCCAGCCAACUCAUGUGAACUACAAGCCUGACCCCUUUGUAUUUGUAUGGAGGUCCUGACAUGUUUCAAAGUCUAGUUUUCUACAUGUAUCCGUCAAAUGUAAGGAAUGGGGGAUGUUAAUGUCAGUGGUUGGGUCUGUGUAGUGUGUGACAUAGUGAAACGUGUGUGAGAACGUAUCGAGACUCAUGACUUGUCACCACAGGUUGUAAGCAGACGCCCGACAGAACAGGUGCACCCAGAGAGCGACUUGCACUCUGCAGGUGCACCUCAGAAGGGGCCAAAGUGUCCACCAACAAUUGUUUACCUUUCACUGAGACUCUGCUCAGUGCUGUUACACUAUUUGUUUUCUUUUUCUGUAAACCAUGGCAACUCUGACCCCUCAGUCAAAACUGCACCUGGCAUCAAUUCAAUCUCAGAUGAAGGGUUUCUGUUUUGGCCGAUGGCUCGCAGGCAAAGCAGAUUAUCAGCUAAUCAUCACCUCCAGCUAGAGAAAUUCCUUUUCACAUUUAAUGAUUUGACCAAAAAAAUCUUUUUUUUAAUUGGACACAGACUGCCGGAGUUUCCGGAGAUGUGCCCAGCCAUACUAUCACCUUUCACCCUCUUAUUCUCUACGGAACAUUAUUUCCAUCUGUAGGGAGGUGAUCACGUUGGUGCAUGAAAUGCUCAGUCACAUGCAAUCCUUGCCCGGUAUAUAAAUUGGAAAACAAGCGUGGAUGUAGUUGGCAAGCCCUUUUAACCCUUUCAAACUGCACCCCUGACAGACAUGUCUGCUUUUAGAGAUUAGAACCAGCAUUGAUGAGAGGCUGAAAAUUAAAUCAGUCAUGGGAGGUUGUUGACUGGUUAGAGUUGCCUGCGUCUCCACAGCAAAGACCUGACAUGCAGGAUCCUUGGAAGUCUGUAUGGAUCAAAAUCUCUGUGCAUCUCAGCGGUCCAACCCUCUCCGUGAUCACUUUUCCCUCGUUACUUUCUCUCAGUCCGCUGGUAGCGGAAAGAGUUAAAGUUCUCGGUUGUUCUCUGCCACAUUGCCUUCGCUUCUUGUUGGUGUAAGUGACGGGGAAAGGGAAGCAACAGAGCGGCUAGGACUGCUGAGAUUUUGCAGUACACAUGUACAUGUAAAUGCAAUGUAAUAUUACCCCUAUUGCAAAACAAUGAGGGAUUUUAAACUGGUGGCUGCUGUUUAGAGAAAGGCGGCAGCCCCUUGAUGUCCUGGCUGAUUCAUGAGAGCAGUGGCCCUCUAAAUGGACACCUAGCUUUCAGUGGCCAGAGGGGAACCACUGCCCAGCUUCUGUGAGGGAGGG